GCAUAAGGUGCUGAGGCAUACUAUGCUUGUGUCAGUGAUCACUGAGAGAAAAAGAGAAAUAUGAGAAGCGAGUGUCAUCCACUGUUGAGGGGAGGAAGAGGAGGUAGCAAGUAUAAACAUGGAUUUUCUGCAGCUGAAAUGGAGUCACUGGCAAGCAUUUGUGAGGCUGUGUUGCCUCCUUUGCCUAUGAAUGCUUUGAAGAGCAGAAAACAAGACCAAGCUGGUGACGAUGACAACGAGGUUCUGCAGUCCUUCUGUGACAUUUCUGGUUCUCGCUAUCCAAUCCCUCAUGAGGUUGCUGAGUUGCUCACAAAGAGGAGCUUAUUAGAAGCACUGAUACUGGUAAGAGUGGUCUUAUGGCUGCUGGCUACAAGGUUGGGAACCUUGUUGCUUUGCGGUUUCCUCUGUCUCGGUGAGAAAUGGCCUUAUAUCAACAACUUUUCAAACAUGUCUUUGGAGAAGAGAGAAAAGGUUAUGCAGAACUGGUUGAAGCAUAGGUUCCUUACCCCUAUUAGACUGGCAUUUGUUUAUGUCAAAGUCCUGGGCCUUUUUGCAUUUUUCUCUUGGGUUGAUGAAAAUGGUGAUAAUCCGGCAUGGAAAGCCAUUGGAUAUGAGGUAUCAAAUGAGAAACUGGAUAGUGUCUCCAAUAAUAGGCCCCUUGAAAAGGGGACUAUAGAAACCAUGCAUGAAUCUGACACAACUCUUCAACAAUCUCUUGCCAAGAAAGGCCUCAAUGUUGAACUGGACUUGAAAAGCAACAUCCUCAAAGUCAAAUGUGAUGCAGUAGUUGUUGGGUCUGGUUGUGGCGGAGGUGUUGCAGCUGCUGUUCUUUCUAGGGCUGGUCACAAGGUGGUUGUUCUUGAGAAAGGAAACUAUUUUACUCCUCAGGAUUAUUCAUCUCUAGAAGGUCCCUCUAUGAAUCAGCUAUAUGAAACUGGGGGGAUGCUUGCUUCUGCAGACUCCAGAAUACUGGUUUUGGCAGGAUCAACAGUGGGAGGUGGCUCUGCUGUUAAUUGGUCUGCCUGCAUUAAAACACCACACAAGGUGCUGAAAGAGUGGUCUGAGGAUCACAAGCUUCCCUUCUUUUCAAGCCAAGAAUAUCUCUAUGCAAUGGAGUCUGUAUGUGAAAGGAUUGGGGUCAAAGAAAACUGUACACAAGAGGGAUUCCAAAAUCAAGUGCUGAGAAAAGGGUGUCAGAAUCUUGGCCUCAAAGUUGACUAUGUGCCAAGAAACUCUUCAGGGAAUCAUUACUGUGGCUCAUGUGGUUAUGGCUGUCCAAAAGGAGAGAAACAAGGGACUCAAGCAACUUGGCUUGUAGAUGCAGUUGACAAAGGUGCAGUAAUAAUAACAGGAUGCAAAGCUGAGAGGUUCUUGUUGGAAAGCAACAGGAGUGGAAAUGGCAGAAAGAAGAAAUGCUUGGGAGUGCUGGCAAAAGCAUUAAACAACCAAGUCACAAUGAAGCUACAAAUUGAGGCUAAAGUGACAAUUUCCUCUGGUGGGGCACUUUUGACACCCCCUUUACUAAUAUCUAGUGGACUAAAAAAUAAUAACAUUGGAAGGAACCUCCAUCUCCACCCUGUCCUAAUGGCAUGGGGAUACUUCCCAGAAUCAAAUAAUUCAGAAUUUAAGGGGAAAUCCUAUGAGGGAGGUAUAAUCACAUCAGUCCAUAAAGUACCAUCAACAGACUCCAAAUCUGAUUCAAGAGCCAUAAUUGAAACCCCUUCACUAGGACCAGCAUCCUUUGCUGCACUGUUUCCUUGGCAGUCAGGACUAGACUUCAAAGAAAAAAUGUUGAAUUACCCCAGAACUGCAAAUUUAAUCACAAUUAUAAGAGACAUGGCUAGUGGACGGGUGACUUCAGAAGGAAGGAUCAGCUACAAGUUGAAUGAAAUUGACAGAGAAAACAUGAGGGCUGGCUUGCAACAAGCACUGAGGAUUCUAAUAGCUGCAGGAGCAGUUGAGGUAGGCACACACAGAAGUGAUGGUCAGAGUCUCAGGUGUAGUGGCGUUAGUGAAAAUGAGGUGCAAGAGUUCUUGGACAGUGUGUGUCCAAUGGAAGGAGCACUUUCACCAGGUGAGAAAUGGAACUUAUAUACUUCUGCUCAUCAAAUGGGGAGCUGCAGAAUGGGGGUUAAUGAAAAAGAAGGUGCAGUUGAUGAGAAUGGGGAGACAUGGGAGGCUGAAGGGUUGUUUGUUUGUGAUGCUAGUGUGCUUCCAACUGCAGUUGGAGUCAAUCCCAUGAUCACAAUCCAAUCAACUGCAUACUGUAUCUCUAGUAGAAUAGUAGACUACCUUGGAAAAAGUCAAAUCUCAUAAGUUCUUUGAAUUUUCUUCACUCGAGGCAUGUAAUUCGAGUUGGAUCAUCAAAAUAGGUGCCUUUUACCAUAAAAAUAAGUUUCCAAUAGAAAAGUUUCAUCUUCAAGCAUCUUUUACUAAAGAAAAUGUUUAGAUUAGAGAAAGGACACACCCUUUUGUUGGGAUUUAUAAUCUUUGGUCAGCAAAGGUACUCUUGUAUAUGGAAACAAGAAAAUCAAUCACAUAAAAAAACUCAUGU